AGAAUACAUUAACAAAACAAAAACAUUAUAAAUCGUUUCUGUACAUUUCUGCAAUAUGAGCGACGAGGAGAACUACAGUGAGGGUGAAAUUUAUCAUCCUGACGAAGCCGAAAAAAUGGCUGACUACCAAAACGACGAGACAAGCAACAGCCAAGAAGAGUUAAAAAGAUUUGUACAAGAACAAAAGAGCGAAAACACAGUUAGAAAGACAUACAGCGAUAUGAGAUGCUUUUACCGAUACCUCGAAGUUAUCAACAAGAAAGAUAUCCAACUUUUAAACUUACCACCAAACGAGCUCGAUCACCUCCUUGGGAAGUUMUUCAAGGACGUAAAGAAAAUAAAUGGCGAAGAGUACGAGCCGAGUAGUUUGACAGGGCUACAGAGAAGCAUCCAGAGGUAUUUGUCAGAUAAUGGGUCUAAGAUGAACAUCCUUAAGGACGACGAAUUUUCCUUCUCUAGAAAAGUGUUGGAAGCCAAACGAAAAAAACUGUACAAGGCAAAGGAAAUCGUCCCAAUGCAACUCGCUCGCGGACAAGUGAAGAAGAAAACAAGCUUUACGACAGUGGAGCAUUUGGCAUAGAAAACCCAGUAUCCCUUCAGAGGACCAUGUGGUGACUGUUAUCGUUACAUUUUGGCUUUAGAGCCUGUGAUGAAAGCCGAAAGUUGUGCCGGGGAGAUGUUUCUCUACAAACAGAUCCAAGUCAAGAUGGCCRCGAAAUGCUUGUAUGGCUCAAUGAGCGUGGAACAAAGACCCGAAAAGGCGACGAAAAUGGUCACAGGCGUCCUUUCUCUCCGAAAGCUUAUGCCACGAAUACAAACAAAUGCCCAGUAAUGUAUUACAAGUUAUUUGAAUA